AAAAAGCUGCGAAAAGUGUUUUUCAGGAAUGGCUUACUUAAUGUUAAGUGCUUGCAUUUAGUAUUUAGCACAUAAUUUUUUGGAGAGUUAUUUAAGCUGAAUACAUGUUUGCAUGUCAAUCAGUUUCAAUUUUGAGAUACUGUAGUAAGUGCGGCAGUAAAGUUAAAACAUUUAACGAGAAUGUGUGAAAUGUUGGAUUAUAAUAAACGAGUGAUGAAGUGAUAUGUGAUAGGCUAGAACUGUCGUUCGUGACAUACAUAUUAUCCUUGUGCUUGUUUACAUGCGAAUAUGUUGAUCUUUUGUGAAAAAAUCUAGACUAUAUUUUGGUAUUGUAUCAGAAGUAACUGGUGUUGCAUGCACGCGAGUGUAAGAUCAGGUUUUCAUAUUCUACUGGUUGAAUGAAAAAAGAUGGAUUAGUUACCAGUAAAAGAGACUCGUGAAUGAUGUAGCUAACACCGCAAUCAUACUAAUGAGAGGGCCCUGGAGCGCGCAAGCUGGUUCGUUAAUGAACACCUCGGACAAAACAUGAGCGCAUUGUGUCCGCACAAACGUCCAGGGCGAACAAUACGCACUGAGCUAGCCAUACUGCUACUGGUGUGCACGAUUGCAGUCAAAUCAGAUGCCAUGAUUCCACAUUUUACUACUGAACCAGUCUCUGCGGUGGUUUCCCAGAAUUCCAACAUCACUCUCUCUUGUGCUGUGUUUCCGGCGUCCGCAGAAAUACGAUGGAUGGUUGAUAAUCGGCUUCUCCAGGAGAGUAAUCCGUACGGUUUCCGGCCAGUCGAAGGGCAAUUAUGGAUUCCCUCGAUUCCGGAUGAAUAUCGAGAACUGAUGUUUCAGUGUGUGGCCGAUACUCCAUGGGGAACGAUUCUUAGUAGACGAGCAAAUAUAUCCCUAGCAGUAUUACACAAAUUUGAAGAACGAAAAGACCUCCAUUUAAAUGUUUCCGUUGGUUCGAACGUGAUGUUGCCAUGCCAACCACCAGGGAGUCGACCGCCUGCCACGAUUAUGUUCCGAUACAACCAGUCUAAAAUCAUCAAUUCUGACACAGAUCGCUUCAAAAUUCUACCGUCGGGUAACCUCCAGAUUCUACGGGUAACCACUAGCGACCAGGGGCAGUACCAAUGUAUGGCAGAAAACAAAAUGCGGGGCCGGGUACGGGCCGCAAAACACACAAUACAGCUACAUGUGGUCAACACAGAAGUUCCGAACCAAGAACCAGCAGUUAUAAUGCCACGUACGGAGUUCCAAGCUACGGUCAGAGACAAUGUCAUUCUAGAAUGUUCCGCCAUCGGAAAUCCACAACCUGUCAUCACCUGGGAGAAAUAUGGCGGCAUUCUGUUACCCGGGCGGUACCGACAAAUAUAUGGUAACUUGUACUUGGACAACGUGACGGUCGAGGAUGAGGGGACAUACAUGUGCAAGGCCAACAACGGCCUCAACGCUCUACAGCCGGACGGUCUCAAAGUUCUCAUGCUCAAUGUCUCAGAGCCUCCAAGUAUCGUAGUAAAGGAGCGAGAGGUCAACGUUAGCCUGGGCGGGCGUAUAAAGCUCGUGUGUGCGGUGUCUGGUAGACCUGAGCCCGUUGUAACUUGGUACCACAAUGGCAACUUUCUUCGAGAUUUCGCUGGACGAAACCGGUUGUAUAUUGCCCAUGCAGAGGCGCGUCACAAGGGCCUCUACCAGUGUUUUGCCGAGAACAGGGUGGGGCUCACACAUGCAGAGCUGCUCGUUAACGUGGAUAUAACACAGAGAGAUACUGCCUCAAUAUCUGAUUCUUACCAAAACGUCACUAAGACGCUGGACAACUUGAUUGAGGCUAACCAGACUUCUGCGGGCCAGAAGUCAAAGCCGAAAAACAGAAGACACAAAAAACGCAAACACAGACGGAAGAAGACUAAACGGCGUAAGGGAGAGAACACUCGCAAUCUUGAACCACCAGUUAAGCUAGUUCCACCAAGCAUUCCCGAGGUCAAGCAACUGUCCGACCAGUCUGUGAUGCUGAAUUGGACUGUGCCAGAAAACAAAGGACCGGAAAUCGCCUUCUUUCGUGUUCAGUACAAGCGGCUUUUAUCCAAGUCAAAGGAUUCGAAGUUGAAAGACAAUGAUAAUCGAUGGAAGACUCCAGACAUUGAGAUCGAUUCUCACGUUCGGCAGUUUGAAGUGUCGGGACUGAAAUCACGUGGGACAUACAAAUUCCGCAUCGCAGCAGUGUAUUCUAAUAAUGAUAACGCCCACUCAGGUAACUCGGAGCGAUUUGAGAUGAAGAUGGGCCAACCCCCGCAGUCGAAACCACCCACCAACAAGCCCACUAUUGUUGAACUGACACCGCUCGAGUUCGAGGGCAAAUAUGGUCUGAAUGUUAUGUGGCAGUACCACGUAUCAGAAGACGCCCUUGCCUCGUCACCCAUCGAGGGUUUCUACAUCUACUACAAGCCGUACCACAGUAGCGAGCCCUUCCAAAAUGUGACCCUACUUGAGCCCAGCGUGCGGGCCCAUUUACUCCAGGACGUACUGCCGGGAACCGAAUACCUCAUUAAGAUGCAGUCUUUCAAUGCGGCAGGGAAUAGCUCCUUUAGUAAUCAGGCAGUUAUGAAAACAGAAGGCGAGAGCUCUGAGAAUCCUGAUAUCAUCAUCUUGCCCCCGCCCACGACCAUUUACCCGCCCGACGACGAGGACAAUGAUGAUGGAGAAUCAAACGAGAAUGAGGGUCGUCAGACACGUCAGCCAAGCAGCGAGAUGUUGUACAUGAUACUCGGAAUUGUUCUUGGCGUGAUGAUGUUGCUGGUGAUUGUGUUCAUGUUCAUGUGUUGGUGGAAACAGCGACAGCAGCGAAAACAGCAGCGAAGGAUGAUGGAUGCCAUACAAAAUGACCCUAGAGCCAAGUACACCGAUGCUGCUCAGCGGAUUUACUCAGAUAGCUUACGGAAAAAAGUGGUGAACGGUGGAAUUGCGGGAAUGAAUGGAAUAAACGGGACAGUAGUGAACGGCCAUGUUCCGGGAAACUACCAUAAAAUGAACAUUAACGUGAACCCUAUGUCGGAGUUGGACACACUGCACUCUUCCGAUGGAUCAUCUCAUUAUCCUCCUGUCACCUUUCAUCCUAACGGAACUUUACCCUCUCACCAUAGGACUAGUGACAAUAACUGCAAUAAUAUUAACCAAUCAAAAAGCCUACAGAAUUCUCUGCAGAAAAUAAACCACCAAAGCAGUAGUGUGCCCUGUACGGGGUAUUGUGAAACUAUGGGGGGUGGGGAAUCGAUGGCUAACCCCCCAAACUCUUUGUGUCAUAAUGUGCCAAUGAGGAAUAAUAGCGGUGAAGCGCAUGAUGGACGCUCUUUAUCCAGUGCAAGGUCAUGUGACCAUAAUAGAUCAUGUGACCAGAGGUCAUGUGACCGGUCAUGUGACACUGGGGACAGUUCUUACGAUGAUACGGGUGGUGUACAUAGCAGUCGUCAUAGGAAACGGAGACGGAGAGCGCAAAGUCGAGAGCAGUCAACUAAAGAUCAAGCAACGAAUACAGACCUGAGCAGUAAUGAUGGGACGAUGGAUCUUGCAGAGUAUAACAAAGCGAUAUCCUCAUCACAGGAGUCUGGCCAGAUGGUGGAACGGCAGUCGCCUCCCUUGCGUACGGACUUUGAUGCCCAUGUGCCAUGUUCCAACGCUGUAUGACACAGGCCCUACACAGCUUGAUCGUUCGGGGGGUGAAAGGGAACACGUUCUAAGUGACUUUAAGAAUAUGAGGAGGUAGAACCUCGUUGCUUUCACGCCUUGGGUUGUUCUUUGAACUGUGCUUUCUCAUAGUGCUGUGCUGCGGUCUAGGAUUUGAAAAAGAGAAAUAGAUCGUGCAGCUACGUAGCCUUGUUUUAUGUAGCGCUGUAUAAUAUCUGCAAAACUUUGAGGAACACAGUUUUUUUCAUUUCCUAAAACUGCGUGUCAUAUUGUUAUACAGACGUUUUGAGAAGUAGUUAUCUGAAUCUGCAAUAUUUUUAUUAUAUUAUGAGAUUUUAACGAGAAUUAACAAUUAAAGUCAAGUUUGUGCCUUAGAGAGUAACAAUGGGACGGCAAAACCUUCAUUUUGCGGUCCGGAGUGCAUUUAGUUGUUAGCUGUACGCAAUAAUCCUCAGGAAAUGGAAGAGGCAAGUUACAAUGCAUCUGGCUGGCGACACGCCGUAUUCCCAAAGGAAGCUUGAAGGAAGCAGAUGAUUACAGAUUAGCGCUGUAGUGAACGACUGCUAUAGUUUUCAACUGGUGCUUUUGGUUGUGAUAUAAUAUGUUGAUACCAAAUAGAACAUUGACACAAAUAAGACUCAGAAUUGCAAGAUUAGGAUAAAACAUUUAUUGUUGACUUUUUGAGCAAUUUUUCGAAAACUUUCUUACAAUAUAAAAAAGGUGUAAUUUUGUAAGAAAUAAUAGAUAAACUUAAGAAGCAUAUAUUUUGAUUUACAAUAAAUUUUGUUUUUAUAAGACUUCAUUAUUACGGUAGCAAAAGUCAUUUAGAUAAAAACAAUAUUUGUCUUGUAAAAUUGAUUUAUUUUUAUUUCUUGGCAUAUUAUAACAGAAAUAACUUGUGAGAAAUCCUAGAUUUUUACCGUAUAAUUAUCAAUAGUGAGCAUGCUUAUAAUAAAGUAUUUAUAUUAUUUUUUAAAGUGAUUUAAAGUUGCAUAAAAAUCAUCUCAUAUCAAUUCAAUUCCUGGAUCUAUUUCACUAAACCAAUAAUUACCCUUUCUAAAACUUCAUAAUUAAAGUGGACGAAAUUAACACAAGCCCGCAAGCCCUGCACUGGUUAAAUACCUUCUGGGCUUGCUAAAAUUCUGAAUUUUAUAUAGCAGGGCUUAUUCAAAAGUUUGAUGCCAAGCAAUAGUAUAAGAAUUCGCGCUUGUUCAUCGAAAAGUCUUAUUUCGAUUACUAUAAUUACAUAUUCAUACUUUGUGGUCAAAAUUAGCUCGAGUCCGCAAGGCCCACAAUGGUGAAAUAAUUUUCGGACCUUUUUAAAUUCAAGAUUUUACAUCGCAGGGUUUGUUGUAAAAUGUUGGUACAGAGCACUUGUGAACAAAUUCCGACUUAUUUAUUCAAAAGUCUCAUUUUAAUGACUGUUUCUGUUUUUCAAAAGUAUUACCUUUUAAAGCAUUUUUGAAACCUGUCUAAAUACUAUGAGUAUGAUUAUCAUGUUGGAUAAGCCUUCUUAAUGAGCACAGUAUGUUUCUGAUAUAAGUCAUAGGUAUUCAUACUUUUUAUGGGUUUACUAAAAAGACUUCAAGCAUCGUUCUGUAUUAUUUUGACUCUUACACAGUAAUGAAGUCUUUUUAGUAAGCCACUGUUUUGCAUGGUAAAAGACUGGUUUUGGAUUUCACUACAUGACAAAAAUAUGUAACAUCAAAUAGUAGUUUUUGUCAAUGGCAAAUAAUGACAACUUUUUUAAGUGGAUUUUGUUGAAAUUUUAUGUAUAUUUCUGAAUUUGGUACUAUUGUGUCUGCAAUAAAAAUUAUUAUUAAAUCUGAUGAAAUUACUCAGCAUGAUUAUGUAUUAAUUAAAAAAAAUGUCAUGUAUUUUAAUCCACAGCCUUUUUCUACCAUGUGUUAACAUCUAUUGAUUGUCAAUUGGGCUUAUCAGCAUGUGAAGUAAAAGCACUGAUAAGCCCAUCUGGCAAUGAAUGGGUGUUAUAAUCUCAUGAUUAAUGAUAAAGGGUAAAGCUGUAUUGAACAGCAUGGGUAUAACUCAUUGUAAUAUUCAUUUGUUUCGAUAACGAGAAUAAUUUUCAGUUAUUUGUUAUUAAAUUAUAUAUUGUUGUAUUCGUUCAUGAGAUUGAUCAUGAAAAACAAUAUCUACCAAACUAUUCUAUAAUAUGCUGUGGAAAUUUGAUAGAUAUUGUUUUACAUUGUUGAUAGUUUUGUAUUAAUCUGUGUUGUGAAUCUUUCACUUAAUAUAUGAUAUUAUUAUCAGAAAAAAGGCAAAUUUCGUCAGCCUUAAAAGAAAUGGUUAAAGUUAAGAUUUACAAAACAGAUUUAUAACUACAAAAUCAGGCAGGCUUGGUUAAAGUUUUAUAAACUAGUAGCAAUCUUUUAUUUAAAGAACAUUUUUUAUGAACUUGUAUUCUAAAUUUCUUUUCUUUUGAUUAAGUAAAACAAAACAAAAAGAUAAAAAAUAAUCUACUUGUUCUUGUAUAUACAUUUUCAUACAUUCUUUGAUUAUUUCAGAAAAUUUAAUUGAACACCUAAAUAUCCUGUAUGUGCAUUUGAAUUGUAAUUCAAUAAUGUCGUAAAACUUGACAAGUUUCAAAAUGUGCACAAAAUAGAUACUUUUAUGGCAGCUAAUGGUUGUAUGUAACCUUUACUAUAUAGUAGGUCUGAUAAGCCUAAGCCUGAUAUUUCGUAGUGUUCAUUUUGUACAUUGUAUAAACCUGAUAUACAGUAUUAUAUGUCCGAGUUUAUUAUCUUUGUUACCAUGGUAACCAUUUCGCUUAAAUAGCAUGAAAACAACAUAAAUAUAGGAGUUUUAACUUUAAUCCAAAUGGUUUCUAUGGUAACUCCUGUUAAAAACUCAUUUGUAAUAAGGUUCCAUGUAAAUGUAUGUGUAGUUAUAAACUUUUGUGUGACAUUGACUUUCAUGUUUAAAAUACUGAAAAUGUGAUAUUUUUUAGAUUAGCUGAUUGUGUGAAAUUGUGUGAAAAUAUCUUCUUGACCUGCCAUGAUAAUUACUAUCAUAAGUCAUUUCAGCAUGACAUGCUUUCAAUCUUUGUUUAAACAAAACUUUGAUUUGUUUUUAUUACACAUUAUUAAUCAUCACUGAAAAAUAAAUAUUUCUUUCAAGUCCAUAACUUUUACAAAAAACUGACCUUGAUCUUUCAACCUGGCCUUGACCUUUUUGGAGUUUUUUUUCCUUCUGAUAUCCUGAGAAUUGUUUUGCUUCAAAUUUGGUUGAUUCUUAGGCAUUCAGAAUAAAUUUGACUGAUAUUUCUUUAAGUGAUUAAUUGUUUCAUGUAAAUGAGGUUAAUUUUUACUUGUUCUAAAACAUCAAGUCUAUUGCUGGCCAGUAUACAGUAUAAAAAGUACAUGACUGUGUGUACAUGUAUCUGUGUAUUUGUUGUUGUUAUUUUCAGUUAAAGAAACAUUUUCUGCUGCAUAAUAGAUAAAGUGCAUAGUAUCACACAUGUACCUCUUGAUGUUAUAUUGACCUUAAGUAUAAUUAAAAAUAUGAAAUGAUGUUUAUGUUCAUUUUAGCAAAUUCUUAUGAAAAAAAAGAAAUAAUAUGAAGGUGAAUUUUGAAAACUAAAUGUGAUAUUUCAUUGUGUGUUUGACAGAUUGUAUACUUGAUGGACUAUAUGUGUAGUAAAAUUGUUGUCAGUCAUUGAAGAUCUUAAUGUAUAUAAAGUAAUUUAUAAUAAAUGAUGAAAUAAAACAUGACCAAAACAUUUA